AUGUGCACCAAGUUGGUAUUGCUCACACGACCUCCCCCAAAUAGAGAGAUAUUGACAGAGAAAGGCUUCUUCUAUAUCACCAACAUUGGCCUGUCACAGGGUGAUAUCGAUCUCCAAUUUGCUAUUGCAAAGGCAUUUUUUGAAUUACCUGAAGAAGAACGACUGAGACAUCGUGCUCCCUUAGAAGAUGGUAGUUACAAUGGCUACCGUCCCUUAGGAGCACUAAAUCUUUUCCCUGGGAUGCAAGACACGCUGGAAUUUUACAGCAUCUUCAAAUUCAUUCCCCAAAGCGAGCGAUCACACCCGGAUCUGAUCAAAAGAUACUCAGCGGAGAUUGAAAGAUUCUCCCGCUUCAUGCACGAGAAUGUCUCCUUCAAGCUCCUCCGAAUAUUAGCGACUAUGCUCGAGCUACCAGAGGACCAGUUCGUAGACGGCAACCGCUACGAAGAUGAAUGUGACAGCUCUAUCCGCUAUAUGCUAUACCAUGCUCGAUCCCAAGAAGAAAACAAGACGUUUGACGAUGUUUACUUCCGUGGGCACACGGACAAGGGCACUAUGACGUUCCUAUUCCAGCAACCAAUAGCAGCACUUCAAGUGCAACAGGCCAAAGAUGAAGAUUGGGAAUAUUUAAAGAUUCCCGCUGGAUCUGUCGCUGUCAACAUCGCCGAUACGCUCCAGUUCCUCACAAAUGGGUAUCUAAAAAGUGGCUUUCAUCGAGUUAUAGCGCCACCAAAAGACCAGGCGCACCUCGAUCGAUUGGGAUUGUUAUAUUUUGUGCGGCCGACUGCUAAAUUGAAAUGGAAGUCUCUGGAUAGUCCUUUCUUGCAGAAGGAAGGUUAUGGAAAAGCCACAACCCAGAAUGACCAGGAUGUUUCUGGGCUGGAUUGGUGGAGAGCUGGGGUCAAGGUUCGCACAGGGGCAAAUUAUAUCAGUUCUGCAGCCAGCACAAUCUAA